GUGACCAACAUCUACCCCGUGGUUUUAUGAAAGGCGAAAUCCCUCCGUGGGCAGAGCAUACGGUAGGUGUUUAAAAACCGACCCCGUCUGUUCACGAGGAAGAGCUUGUGUCAGGACAGCCUGGCGUGAAGACGGGACUCAUCUCUUCGGCACGGCCGGUUCUAUUCGGGCGACCCUUCGGCUCUCUCUGACCCCCCCCCACCACUACCACCACCCGCCUUCAUCCUCUCGGCGCACCGACUUCAGCAGCAACACAAACCACAGGACGAGCCAGACACAUUACGCCAGCCGAGAAGGGAAGUGGGGCUUCGUCUUGUCCUUCAUAACGCAGAUGCUCCCAGCCGCCCAGCUUGACAGGAGUGAUGGGAUGUGUCAACUAGCAGGUGAAGCAGUCCUAGACGAUGUUAUCGGACUGAAGGAUUCGUCUGCAGUUUUCACAUCAGAGCGAGACAGAGGAGGGACAGAGAGAGAGGAGGAGGAACAGGAGGACAACAAAGACACAAGCAUGGGUGUGGGGAAGAAUACCACCUCCAAGUCGUUGGACAGCAGCAGUGAGGGAGGAAAAUAUGAAGAGGAGAGCAAGCAUGGAGCAGAUUUCUACCCAAUUCCGGUGGUGGUCAACGGAGUGGGCGGGGCAAGUGGAGACCAGGAUACUGAGAACACAGAGCUAAUGGCUAUCUACACAAAAGAGAAUCAAGGAGCAGAAAAGAGCUCAAUGUCUGAGACGUUAGACAGCACAGACAGUAUUGACGCCAGGAGGAUGGAUAUGAUCUAUACUAUAGAAGACACCCCACCCUGGUACCUGUGUGUGUUCUUAGGCCUACAGCACUACUUGACAUGUUUCAGUGGAACCAUCGCGGUGCCAUUUCUCCUCGCUGAUGCGAUGUGCGUCGGCUUCGAUCAGUGGGCAACCAGCCAGCUCAUUGGGACCAUCUUCUUCUGCGUAGGGAUCACCACCCUGCUACAAACCACAAUAGGAUGCAGGUUGCCUUUAUUCCAGGCCAGUGCUUUUGCCUUUCUCGCACCGGCCCGAGCCAUCCUCUCACUGGACAAAUGGAAGUGUAACAACACAGGUGUAGUUCCAGUUUUUAACAGCACAGAGCUCUUCCACACAGAGCACAUCUGGCACCCCAGGAUACGAGAGAUCCAAGGGGCUAUUAUCGUGUCCUCCAUGAUCGAGGUGUGUAUAGGAGCACUGGGGCUUCCUGGGCUCCUGCUUAAAUACAUCGGACCGCUAACCAUCACCCCCACAGUGACCCUCAUUGGCCUCUCUGGUUUCCAGGCCGCCGGAGAGAGGGCAGGAAAACACUGGGGCAUCGCAAUGCUAACUAUCUUCUUGGUGCUGCUCUUCUCUCAGUAUGCCAGAAAUGUUCAUUUCCCUCUGCCGGUCUACAAAGCCAAAAAAGGCUGGACUUCCUACAGGCUGCAGGUCUUCAAAAUGUUUCCUAUCAUCAUGGCCAUUCUGAUGUCAUGGCUGCUGUGCUUCAUUUUCACUGUGACGGAUGUUUUCCCGCCGGAGAAAGACAAGUAUGGCUUCUACGCCCGCACAGACGCACGACAAGGAAUCCUCACCGCUGCCCCGUGGUUUAAGAUCCCAUAUCCUUUCCAGUGGGGUCUUCCUACUGUCACAGUUGCGGGUGUGAUCGGCAUGAUGAGCGCGGUGGUGGCAAGCAUCAUUGAAUCUAUUGGAGAUUACUACGCCUGUGCACGUCUGUCCUGUGCUCCUCCACCCCCAAUCCAUGCCAUCAAUAGGGGGAUAUUUGUAGAAGGCAUUUCCUGUGUUCUGGACGGUCUUUUCGGGACAGGAAAUGGCUCCACCUCGUCCAGUCCAAAUAUAGGCGUCUUGGGGAUCACAAAGGUGGGCAGCAGACGUGUGAUUCAGUAUGGGGCUGCCAUGAUGCUGCUGUUAGGGCUCAUUGGUAAAUUCAGCGCUCUGUUUGCAUCUCUUCCUGAUCCGGUCCUGGGAGCUCUCUUCUGCACCCUGUUCGGUAUGAUCACAGCGGUGGGACUGUCCAACUUGCAGUUUGUCGACCUCAACUCCUCCAGAAACCUCUUUGUUCUGGGUUUCUCCAUCUUCUUUGGUCUGAUGUUGCCAAGCUACCUCAAACAGAACCCGCUGGUCACAGGCAUAGUCGAAAUUGACCAAGUGUUGAAUGUGCUCCUCACCACUGCCAUGUUUGUCGGAGGCUCUGUCGCCUUCAUUCUGGACAACACAAUUCCUGGUACUGCUGAAGAACGAGGCAUCAGGAAGCUGAAACGAGGCAUUGGUCUCAGUACAUCAGAACUGGAGGGGAUGAGGUCUUAUGAUCUUCCAUUUGGAAUGGACUUCAUCAACAGACACGCCAUCUUCAAGUACAUCCCUAUCAGCCCCGCCUUCACAGGCUACCAGUGGGGAAGGCUACAGGGAGCCUGCAGGAGCAGAACGGGACAUGGGGAUGUGGUGAAGGGCGGAGGAAUCAGAGGGGAGGGAGGCACCACAGCGGAGGAUAGUCGGGUAUAGCCACCAGGCUGCUUUUGACAAAAUCUUAAAAGUGGCUGAAUUUGGGGAGCAAGGGAUGGGACACUAAGAAAAAAGGAUGGGAGAGUGGAGGACAGGAGUGGUGCAGGAUUCAAGAUUGCGCGGAAGAAAAUGUGAUGCACCAAACCCCCCCCAACCACCAGUGUGUGUUUUCUUUAGCUUGUGUCAAUCUUAUCCCACUUCCUACUAUGCUAUAUAAAGCAUGCUCCAGCAAGUCACAGCAUGAUAUAGAAGAUGUCUCCACACGGAGGUUAGUUGGUGUGUGUUCAUGUGUGUGCACAAAGGAAAAAGCAGGUUUGUGCAUUUGCACUUUAAUCCAGAUGAGAUAGACGGACGUAAAAAACAAUCUUAACUGAAUGUUGGAUGAUCACUGCUAACUUAAACUGCCUAAGUAUGAUUCUACUAAAAGCACAGUAGAUUUGAUCAUAUCAAUUGAGGAUUAUGCAAAAUGUCAUCUAUGAGAAAUUUGCCUCUAGAUUCUUAUGCAACCACAUUAGAUACACACAAAAGCACACACAUGCUCGCACACCAAAAGCCUCAUAAAAACUAGCUUGAGAGCUCCAAUGCACGUCAGGGUGAUGCAGAUUGAUGGAAGUGGUUUGUCAGGUGCCCUUACUCAUGCAAAGUGAUUGUGAAUUUUUAUUUUUUUUUCUUCGCACUAUCUGCCUCUUGAGUUAAAACCAGAAUGUCACUCCACAGUGCGCGUGCCCCUGUUUCUUCAGUGAAACUCCUCAGAGACCCAUUUACCAAAACAUCCCACCUGCUCAUCUCAUGCUACACGUCAUACUUCCUGUUUCUGUCAUGAAGCAGAGUGCUGAAAAUCACAAGACCCCUGCUAAUACAUACCAGUUUAAAGACAUCCUACUUUCAUUUGCCGUCAAAUAAGACCUUACCCGUUUACUUAAAAUGGAACUAAAUCAAAUUUUGUAAAAAAAUUUAUUACUGCUCUGCUAUGUUUUUGAUCAUCUCCUCUUACACACAGAUGCACUUGCAUACCAAAACAGUAAUUUAGUAAUGUCUCUACUUCCCUUAUAACAGUAACACAGACGUGGCCUUUUUCAACAUGAUAUAAGAUUUAUUUUUUCCCCGGUUGCCAGUCUGAGGUUGGUGCAGACUCUUGCUCUUCACUUUCUCUUUUGGUUAUCUCCAUCAACAUCCUCCUCUGACUCUUCUCCUCUGCACUUGGCUCAGUAUUCUUGGUAUAGAUAGUGUGGCAGUCAACAGCUUUUUUCCAGAAGUAGUCCUGUAAAGCAUGACAUACUUUUCUAGUAGGAUUCCGCCCACUAGAGCCAAAGUACAUAAUGCAAGAACAGAUGCAGAGUCAGAAUGGGGAAAAAAAAGGCACCCAUCUCCCUUUUUACGGGUCAGUUUACCAUCAAAUUGAUUUGAAAGCUGUUAAAUGAAGGUCAAAUAAUUGCAGAAUGUUCCUCCAAAUGUUCUUCCUCAUGUGACUGCAGAGAUUUCUGACGCUCUGUGUAGGUCUUCUCUCAGUUUUAAGCCGUCACUAGUCCUCUGCUUUUAGGAGGAAUGUGUGUUAAUGUAGGAUUUACAAAGGCUGCAAAUAGAUGAUAUAUCCCGCUACUAUCCAAAAUCACUUGGUAUUCCCAUGUGUGUUUUCAGUAAGCCACAGCAUUAUUAUACUAAUAUGUAAGGGUGGUGGUUUUGUUUGCAUUUAGAGUAUUUAAAUAUAAGGGUUGGGGGAGGGGUAAAUGUCAUUCUAUUGUUUAAAAAAAAAAAAAAAAGAUGUAGUGUUUAUUUUUUCUGCAGCCUGUCAUGACUUUAAGGAUGUUAUCGUCAUUUUUAAACAUUUUAAUCAUAUUGAUGACUUUCCCUUACAUUCCUACUUCUUGUCCCAUCCUCUGUCAGCUGUAUUCUUCUUCUAUCCCCCUCUCUCAGUGACAUGCUAAUAUUUGAUGCGGUUCAAGUCUGGUUUUAGUUGGGCGUAUUUGGCUGAGACACUUGGAGCAUCAGCAGGCUUUACCCUCAUGAACCCAGGAGUGACCGUUAAGAGCGAGUCUCUGAUUUGACCUCACUGCGUGCCGCUGGUGAUUUAAAAAAAGAAACACAGCUAUUUAAAAAAUAUGCCAUUAAAAUGUUUACAACAUUUUGAUCUUUGUAAAUGUAGAAAAUGAAUCAUGAACAGCAACAAAAAAAAGAAACUUACUUCUAAAUAUUUAGCCCAGCUGAGAUUUUCACUGAACCAAGUUCAUCAAAAUUCUUUGAAUUUCCUCUUGCGUUCUGUUACCCUAUACCAAAACUUUUCUAUAAGUAUAAGCAACAGUCUUUCUAACUUUGGUUAUUUAUUUAUUUAUGAGAAGAGAGUUCAUGUUUAAUGAUUGCUUAAAGCCUGUUUAUGUGUCUGUUGCACAUUGCUGAAAGUAUAUUUAUUAGUUUACUUGUGCUUGAAGAGAUCAGUGAGAUGAUUGACAGCUGUUCCUCCACCCCUCAGCCUCAGCUACAGUCAGUGUUCAGCAGCUUUUUCUAAAGAUAGUUUCUAAUAUAAGCUGCCCCUAUUUCAUUCCUUUUAUACCAUGAUGUUUUUAAAAAGAAGAGAAAAACACUUUUCAAUCUUAAACUGGAUAGUUUAGUCUGAGUCAGGGCCUUUUUACAAUAAGUACUGUUUGCACAUGUAGCUGUGCCAAGAACAUCGGGUUAACAUCAAGUAAUACUGACUAACCCGAGACCCUCAAAUGUCACUUGAGUGCUGAUUUAAUAUGAAGUCAAGUGUGAACAUUUUUCUGUUUGAUGGUUUGAAAACAUGUUUUGUAAUGUCUUUCUGAUUAUAUAUUUUUGGGCCUUAGUUUAUGUUCUCAUUGCUAGUCAUAGCCCCAUGUGUGACCUCUCCCCCCCCCCCCCCCCCCCUGUAUAUUACACUAAUGAUUCUGCUGUGCUUGUAGCCCACCCUAACAUUUCAGAUAUUGUCCUCACAUCAAAGCAGUGGGAUUUCUCUUUUUGAAAAAUGUUGUGCUUCAGCAGAUGUCUACAGUGUGCCUGGUUAUAUGUUGACUUGGGACAAAAUCAAGGUUAAAGGUCUAACAUGUCAACAGACUGUGGUGCUAUGCAACGCUACGCUAUGCUCUGCUCUAAAAGUUAGCUAGCCUGUUGUACUUUACUGACGAGGAAUUAGAAAUAGUCAAGCUCUGCAUCGCAAACUGAAACCAAAAAUGGAUCUCAAAAGAGGUUCUGACUCCGUUUAAAUGAGAGCACAAGUGGUGGCCUGUUUUUAUAGAAUUUCAAACAUAUAUUUCAGUACAUCAAAAUCACAGCUAUCAAAGUGUAAGACCUCGAUGAUGUUAGAUAACCGUCCUCAGUUACAAAGAGAUAAAAUAACGUGUUUGAAAAGGUUUUAUUGUUGAAAUCCCUGAGUAGGUUACAGAAUCUGAUUGAUGUCAUGCAAUUUGUGUAAUACCUGCAGAGUCAAUCAGACCGUUGAAACGUUUGACAUAGCAUUGGACUGCUGGGCGAGGUAACUGGUUCCAACUUCCAAUUCAUGAAGUUUCUUGAAGUUUGGCUGCAGAUGAUAAAGCAGUCUGACUUUGAACUGCUAUCAAGUUUGAUACUUAGUUGUUCAUCAUAGUAGAUUCAGAAGUUUCCACAUUGACAGCAGCCGUUUUGGUUGUGAAUUAAAAUACCUCAAUGGUUCUAACACCCGUCCCAUAUCAAAUAAACUGUUGUGAUUGGCCCAACCUUUAUGAAGUUAGACGAAAAUCUGCCUAAACUUGAGGGUUCCCGUCCUAAACACAUCAGGCUUUUUUUCAGGCUAACAAUUGUGAAUUCAGUAGACAUCUGUGAGAGGUCACAAAGAGGCUAGCUAGUGACCAAUGAUCUGAGCAGAAACUGUAAAUCUAAAUCCUUCCACUUGCAAUGCUGGCUAUGCCCACGACUGGUAGCUGUUUGGUUAAAAAAAAGCAGUGUUUUAAUGACACACCAGCUCCCUUUCCCGCACUGUGUGACCUCGCUGCCUGAGCAGGUGUUGAUCAGGUUAAGUUCAGGGAGGGGUAUCUCUCAGUGAAUGCACAUGCUCAAAUUUGAAUCACACACAUGUUCCGUGACCUUGUCAUCUGUGUCAUGUUCUUACAACCAGCACUUACUUCUCCCAUCACAUCCUCUCUCAUUGCUCCACACUCUCCACUCUCUGUUUAAACCCCUCACCCCAACCUAACGAGCUGCAGUGAUAAUAUAUUGGUGGUGUCCUCCCAUGUUUAGUGUACCUGCUUUUCUCCCUGGGAGGUCUUACUGUUAAUGUUUCUGGAUGUAGGAGAAGACACUGUCGACUGACCACCUUCCUAAGAGCCCGACUGAAGUCAUCAGCAGCUGAUGAACCUGCCUUAUCAUGAACAUUGGAUGUCUUUGUGUCUGAAGGCAGCUUCCUCUUGUUCCUAACUUUUACUUUCCAGUUUUGAACGUACUUUGUCUACAGUUAUAGUACAAACACGUUGGAUCUCACAGCCCAGACUCUCUUCCUGAUGGUUUUCCGACUGGAUUUACAGAAAGUCAGUGUAACCAUCAGGAGGCUCUUAGGAAGGUGGCCAUGUGGUGUAUAACACAAAGACAUCAAUCCCUUUCAGUUAUUUUGAAGGGGUUCCUACCUGAAGAAUAUACUUUGAUGUAUUUGGUGUUUUAUCUUUUUAAUGUUUGUUUUUUAUACAUCGUUUCAUGUUUUUGCAAGCGAAUAUUUGUAAGAAAUAGAUCAUAACUUUUAAUCUUAAUUCAUGCUGGAAUCGCACCAUUUUGUUUGACUUUUUAUGUAAAAAGUAAAAACAUUUUGAUCCUUUAUUGAAUCUGUGGUUUGGUGGAAUCUUUCUGUCUGUUGGGACCUUUUUCAUAUUGUAUUUUUUUAAUCUAACAUUGCUUUCUGUCCAUGUUAACACCAGUAUAAAUGAACGACCGAGCUGAGAAACUUUAAAUAGAUGUAAAAAAAAAAGUAAAUAAUUAGAAUAAAAUGUAUAUUUAAUGGAGUUAAGUUUGCUAAAUCGUAUGGAAGAGAAAUUGUGUAAACAUAUUGUAGCAACAAAAUGUUUUAUGCUCUGUUCCUCAAACAAUUUAAUAAGAUGUUACUGAAUGAA